ACAGUCAAUGAGGAAGUCCUUCAUUUUACAGGAACAGCAAACAUUCCUGUGCUGUUUCUCAAACGUAAAACAGAUUAAGCAGCUUUGAAGGAAACACGGUGGAUUGUAAUCUACUGAAUGGAGUAUUUUGAGCUCGGCAAAGAAGCUGAAGGGACCCCAAAUGCCGAACAAAGGUCUGUUUUAACGGUCAUAUCUGGUUUAAAUACUCGUUAUUUUCUGUAAUAUAGCACAUUAAAACAUGUAGCUGUUUCUGUGAAUGUCGCCUAAAUGUAAAGUUAACUCCACUGUGAAGCUUUUACGUGUUUUACUCGACGACCUGAAAACCUCAGAAGUGAAAGUUUGAGAUUUAAAUCGAGCCGUUACUCUCUCUUCUUCUUCUACAUGCAGUCAGCCGCCCUGCCGGUCAAAGCCGGAGGGCUUCGAGCUCCACCGUGUGGUUAAAAACAUGAACUGCAACUGCUGGUUCAUCAUCGAUAGUGAGGCCAACUUUAACCGUCAGCUCAAAGUAGUCUUCCUCACCCUGAUCAUGGUAGCUUUAAUCAGGUAAAUACGUUCACUUAGACAGUUCAUAAUGAUUGUAAUAAGGCCACAAAAAGCUAAUGAACAUUUAUCAAUUCUAACCCUAGAACACUAAAAUUAGUUACACUAUCACUAUCGCCGGGUGAUUUUUUCCUGAAAUAAUAUGACAAAUUAAAGUAGUUUUCUUUUAUUUUUAACUGUGCUAUAUCCAAAGGGAGGGGGAAAAGUGCCAUGAGGGGACAAUAUAAACAUGCAACAAAACAACUGAAAUUAGACAUUCAUGAACAAGAAAUUCCUUAAAAAAAUAAAUAUAUAUAGAAACUGUAAACUUAGUUUCUUUUCCAUCCAUUCCUGGGACAUUUGAGUCUUGGGUCUUGAGUCAGCUGCAGGAGAGAGAACCAAAACAUGCAGAUUUGUAAUGAGUAAAAAUGACCAGCUGACUCAAAUAUUUCUUAUCACCAUAUGAAUUCCCUUGAAAAUAUUCAUAACCACUGCACUAAAUAAAGAUAUCAUGCAAAUUCCAGGGCCACUCUUACUGACCUUAUUCGCCAACAUGCAGCUAUCAAAUCCACCCAAACCUAGUUACCCUCUAUCACUAUACAGGGUGAACACCCUGUAGGAAAAAGCAGGUUUUGAAUCAGGGAAAGAAAUAUGCCUUCAAAGAUGUAAAAGGAAAUGCUGAAGAUACCCAGAGACUCAUGAUGCUCAGACAAACGUAACAUCAUGAAAAUUAUGUGAACAUGUUUGGUCGGGUGAAAAUCACCCGGCGAUAGUGUUUUAGGGUUUACAAGACCUUUUCUGUCAAUAUAAAAUUAUUAGUCUUCAAAAUUCAGUGUAUUUUACACAGUGAGAGACCAACAUCUAAUCUGCUUCUUUUCCUUUUGUUGACAGUGUUUUUUUGUUGAACAGUAUUUUGAAUGGUUUUUUCAGCCCUGGCAUGGUGAGUAUUUGUUGUGAGAAAUCCAAAUUACCUUCAGGAUGGUUUGUGUGGAAGGACCGACAUAGAAGUUGUUCUUCUGCCCCCCCCAGGGAUUCCUUGUCGGGGCUUCAUAUUCAUCCAAAUAUGACUAUAUGGACACUCCAGGGUUGAGCUGACUGGAAUCAUCUUUCUCUCUCGCCAAAGUCGGUGAGUUUGUUUGCUGCAGUUUAAACACUCAUUUGAAUUAAAAGUUUUCUAGCAUGAGUGUAACGUGUCUGGGUGCAGUCGCUGAAGCUGCACAGGCCUGUUUGAUAACCUGCAGUGUUAAAGCAGGAUGUGUUAGAGGGGCAGGGGCUUGGGGGUCUGCAGCGCUCAGAGAUUGGCUUUGCACGGACGCCUUGUGACUUUAAGAUCCUAUUUGGUCCACUGGCUUAAAAUCUAAGAAAAGGAAAUCUUGGUACUAAGGUGCUUUGGAGCUGAUAAGUGGAGCUGGACGUGAGAUGCAACAUUUUUUACUUUUCAAAACACAGAGACAUUUGGAGAAUAAGGGGAGAAACUGCAAAAUAUAGUCCUGAUGGGCACAAUUCUAAGAGGUUUUGGUCGUGAGUAGGAUUUUUAUAGAUGCCGUUAUUUGAAGAAGAUGAGAUGUAUAUGGAAAAAGUCAGACACAGCACAUUUUUACACCUAAAACUCCCUUCCUCUCUAAAAAUAUUCACAUAUUUGGGACCCUGAGUCUGAGAGGCAGCAGGAAUGUCCUAAAAUAAAAAAACUAAUCACACCACCUCGAAACACGACGACCUCCAUAUGUCAAAGUGCACUAACGCGUCCACACAGGGUCACAGAAACUCACCCGCCUCGUCCUCCUUCUUCUUCUUCUCUGUCUUUGUGUGUCCUCUAGCCACUGUCCCCGCGGCCGUACUGCUCAUGAAGAAGAUCAGGAAGGAAACGAGUUCACGGCGGCAGAGGAGAGAAGAAGAGAGACGAACAGUCUCCAUCGUCCGGCAGGUUUAAUUAAACACAGCGUGGCUGUAAACACAAGAGGGUUGUUUUAUAAUGAAAACAGAGCUGGAGGGUCUUUAUUUGUUCUCGCCGUUUGUUCAGGAUCGAUUGUAGCACUGACAAAUUGUGUUUAGAUUCGUAGAAAAUUGGCUACCUCUGUGAUUUUUGCACCUUUUAAGUGUAAUUCCCUGUCAAAAUCUCUCUCUAAAUUUGUGUUUAAUUACUGUAAAUUAAUUACUCAGAAACAGAUACUCAGGUUUUUAUGUUAUACAAGUAAAAGUAAGAGUUAUAAAAUGUAAAAGUGUUGGUCAGAUACUUCAUUUAAAUAAAUAUACUGUACUGUAAAUACAAUAAACACACAGCAGUGAUUUAUUCAAAGGUGAGGACAGCAGUAUUUGACUGACUCUGAAAAGGGUUAGAGGGGUUUUGUUCACAUUUUAAAUUCAGAUUUAAGACUUUCAGGACUUUUGAGGACCCAGACAGACCAAAACAAUCGCACUUUUGCACAACGAUUAAUACAGAUGGGGCACGUUUGAUAAUAUUCCACGUUUUUGUGUAUUUUGCCGCUUUCCUUGAAACUGCCCCUGUGACCACUUCUCUUUGUCAUUGUCUUGAAAAGUUUGUAAAUGCUGUUUUUGUCCAAUGAAUGAAUAAAUCCUCAGGUUUUUGCA